AGAUGUCCAAAUGCUGAUNGACAAAGAAAUAUUGAAUGGACUNGAAAGAGCAUUUUGUGUUUCUCANAAUCCUACUUUUUGGGAUUUUGGAUUAGAUUUACUNGANAGAAUCCGNAACAGUUUCUUAAGUUGGCAAUAGAUUCUAACUCAGUCCUUCACUUUGUGAUUUGUUUUGAAGAGCAAGUAAACUUUUUUUUGUAUGUUUGAAACUCGGUUACAACUUAUUUGCUUUCACUCUGAGGAUUAUUGUCUUAAUAUGAUACUAACCACGAAAAUCAAAAUAAGCCUAUUGUUGUAAAAGUCACUGUCACAGUUUGACAGGUCUUGUUUGCUUCUUGUUACUUCUCAGGAGAGUGUCUCAAAGUGUUGAUAAAUGGGUUUUAUACAAGGUAUUGUAUUCGUCAUAGACUUUAUUUAUAGUUCGCCUCAAGUUGAAGGUUCCUCAGCUGGUCUAUUUUCUAAUAGCUCAGAGAAGUUGUUUUUAUAUACAAUUGCACACAAACCAAUAUCCACUCUUUAUUACAAAAAAAUGAAAAAGAUAGUUUUUAUCUAAAAGGCAAAUCAUGUUCUUAUCAAGACUUGUCCUAAGCUUCGAAAGACUUUCGUCGCUCUCAAGAGUUUGAGAGCAUUGCACUGUUGGAAGAAGAUUGAUCGAUCAUUGUU